AUGGACCAAGAAUAUAUGGGAAGUCUAGCCGAUGAUUAUUUCCCAGGUUAUCCAAAGUCUACCCAAAUAUUUCUUGUUGAUUUUAUUGACAAGCUUUCAAAUUUUGACCAUUUGAUUUUCACAAAAAUUGAAUUUGUCGCGUGCAUCUUGGCAAUUCUGAUCAAUAUUUUUCAUAGUUUCAUUUUAUCGCAAAAAUCAAUGAGAACAUCUUCAACAAAUGUUGUUUUGUUAGGAUUGUCUUUGAUUGAUAUUUUAUCAAUGGGUUUAGGAGCGUAUGCAGAUUUUGAGUUGAUUUUUCAGUUUGAUGAAAUUCCAGAUAUUUGGUGGGCAUUUUUCUUUCAUUCUCUCAAAUUUAUAAACCACAACUUUUCAGCGCCGAACCUUUGUCGUAUUUCAGAAUAAUGAUUUCAGAAUUUUCUAAAAUUCUUGUAGAUUUUUCUCGACGAGGAUCAACCUAUUUAUCAUUAUCCCUAGUCACAAUCCGAGCAUUUGCCAUCAGUCAAAUAAUGAACCCACGAUUCGAUUUUCUCACAAAACCCAAAACCGGAUGGCUAACCAUUUUAGCUAACUCAAUAAUCUGCGGUCUACUUUGUAUACCUCAAGCUCUCUCGUAUCAUAUAGAAUCUUAUCCAUGGUCCCCACCAAAAGGGUGUGUAAACAAAUUCCCAAAGAACUAUAAGAAGUUGGAGUAUUUUUUCAUUGCUUCACCCUGGAUAAUUUUUGAUACUUUUUCGAUGAACACCAUGUUGGAUGCGGUGUUAGCUAAAUAUGUUCCAGUAAUUCUAUUUAUAGUUAUGACUUUGGUUUUGAUUAGAGCAAUUAAAAAGGCAUCAAAAGACCAGGGAAAAUCUGGAAAAGCGAAAAAAGAUGAUCCGGAUAAAACUUCAAAACUUGUGUUAUUCACCACGAUUUCUGUGAUUAUUGCUGAACUUCCAAUCGGGAUUUUGUAUGUGUUCCAAAGUUUAUAUGAUAAUGUAAUCGGGUGGAUGUAAGAUUCUGGUUGUAAAUUCUUGAAUUCAUUAAAAUUGAAUGAUAUGUAUAUAAAAUUUCAGAGUAAUCACCGAGCAAUUCGUCCGCUUCUGCUUUUUGAUUUAUGUGCUCAACACAACCUUCCAUCUAAUAAUCUGUUAUAAUUUAUCCUCCCAAUAUCGAAAAACUGUGAAAACCUUUUUUGCAAGAAAAUCGGUUUCCAAAAACACCAAAACAAGUGUGAUCUCUGUGAAAAGUGUGACAAUAAAUGUUUGAUCUACAGAAAAAAAUCGCGCGCAUUUUAAUUUUCGGAAUACAUAAAAUUGUUCCCAAAAACUCUGGUGCAUCCAAAUUUCUCACACCAAAUCCCGCCAUAUGCCAACUCACACCCACACUAUUUAUUCAAUAAUAAUCGAGAGCGAGAGAGCAUUGGCGGGAGACAAAAAAAGGGGGAGGGCGGGACGCGUCCCACUCUACCCGGUUGACCUUUUUCGUUUGCACGUAUUUUCUCCUUUUUUCUUCUCGUUGGGUCAUUAUUCUUGUUUUUAUUAUUUUUCUGUCACCCUUGUUAUUGUUGUUUUAUGACUUUUUGGCUUUUCAUGAACGAUUUUUGUUUGAAAUGAGCAAAAUUGCCACGUGGCAUCUAGACUAGUAUAAAAAUGCUCCAGAUUUUUUCGUUUCUGUCUAGAACUCUUCAAAUGCUUUCUGGUAAUCCAAUAUAAUUUUUCAAACAACUCCAUUUAUUUUUGAAUUUUCUCAAAUCGUUCUUUCCUUUUGAAAACAUUUUCUGAAAAUUCUUUGAAAUCUGAAAUUAAUUUGCAAUUUAUCAAAAUUUUUUGUGUGAAAAAAUACUUUCUUGGACUUUUCAAAAGUUUUUUGAUAGUCCAAUUGAACUUUUUUCCUUUCAUUUUUGAGUUUGCCUAAAUCCUACGGAUCCUUUUGGAAACAUUUUCUGAAAAUUCAAGCCCCUGAAAAUUCUUCAAAUUUUUUCCUGAAGUUUCCUGAAUCCUUUAGACUAUUUAUAGAAACUUUUUUGAAAAUCCAGGAAGUUUCUGAAAUUCCGAACAUUUUUCUCAAACUCCGGGAAGCUUAGGCUUUGAAACUGUACGAAAAACUUCGAAUUCAUUUGCCGUAAUUUAACCCGCCUUUUCUUCAACCACAACCUUCUAUUUUCCAGAAUGAUCGGGUUUUUCAACCCAUUAUACGACCAGAUCCGUCGAUCCCUCAACAAGCAAACCGAUCAACUCGCCUUCGAUCGAAUCGACACUCUAAACGCAUGGUUCACACCAAUGUUCAUCGGUGGUUUAACGCUCGCCAUCUCAUGCAAACAAUAUUUCGGACAACCUUUGAAAUGCUGGACACCUCGAGAAUUCUCGGGCAGUUGGGAUGGUUAUGUGCACGAUUAUUGCUUCAUUGAGGACACGUAUUUUGUGCCAAAUGGCACAGAGAUCACUGAUAUUGCUCGAGGCGAACGACAAAUCAAUUAUUAUCGAUGGGUUCCGUUGGUUUUGAUGUUGCAGGCAUUGUUGUUUGUGGUACCGUAUUUGAUCUGGAAUGUUAUGCAUAAACGGACAGAGAUCAAUUUGAAGAAAUCAUUGAGAUUGUAUCAGAAACAAUGCAAAAGUUCGGGAGAAAAACAAGCCUGUGAGGCGUUUGGUGCGGAAUUUUGUGAGACUUUGGAGAGGAUUCAUAGAGCCACAAAGAGUGUAGGUUUUUGAACGGGUUUUUUGUAUAGAACUUGAAGAAUGUCCAAAAAUCAAUUUUCAAAAUCCUCUUUCAGUUCGUUGGAUGUCAAGCCACAAUCAAUUAUUUCCUCCUCAAACUCUCAUUCAUCGCCAAUUGUGUUCUUCAAAUGUUCAUCAUCAAAUGUUUCCUAAACCUCACCGAUUAUUUCUGGGCAUUCGAGCAUCUUUUCAAAGUCGAGUUUAAAGGAACAGCCGAGCAUGAGAGCAGCAUUUUCCCACGUGUCGUGCUUUGCGAUUUCAAAAUUCGAACUCUCGGACAACUUCAGAAUCAUACGGUGUCAUGUAUUAUGAUGUUGAAUAUGAUUAUUGAGAAGGUUUAUGUCAUGUUCUACUUCUGGUGAGUUUUUUUCUCUCCGAAUUUUAUUUUGUGCCAAUUUAUUCCAAUUUCAGGAUUAUCUUCGUUGCUGUCGCUACCACUAUGGCCACCCUCACAUUCGCUUUCCAAAUGCUAUUCAGAAAACACAAGCUCAUCCCAACAAAUCUCAACAGAAAACCAAACAUGAAUCCAACUCGCUCACAAGAUUUUCUCCAAAACUUCCUGGGAGCUGAUGGUCUUCUUCUCAUCACAUUCCUCGACACACAAUUCGGAGCUUAUCAAACAUCUCAAAUUGUUGAAUUUAUGGUCAAGAAAUAUCUGGAAGCACGAGGAUCUGAUUCAUCAGUGGCGACCUCGAUUAAUGAUGGAAAUUCUCCAAUGAGAUAUGCUUCGUGUCCCUAUGAUGAUUCAACUUUGCCGAUGAGCCAGUUGAAAUUAGGGAUGGUUAAGAUGAGCAAACUCGACGAGGUGGAUGGAGUUGCUGAUGCGAAGAAAAUGGCAUAA